GCUUCCAUCUCACAGAAAUUACCCAGUAGCCGUUGACGGCUCUUUAGGUGACGGAUCGAGUCCAGUGUUACAGUUUUAUUUUCCCCCCCUUUUCAUUUAUUUUGGAAAAAAAAGAAAAGGAGUGCAAGUAAGCCGAAUAAUUCCUUUCCCGAUCUAUAACGUCACUCAUUCCUAAAUUAGUGCGAUCUAGCUACUGCAAAGCGUGUGUUUGACCAUGCAGGAGGAUAACGUUGCUUAGCUAGCAGCCUGGGUCACUUGCUAGAAAGCUACGCGAUAGCAUAGCUAACCUCAUUCUGCGAUACAACCUCGAGACAAGUCGGGACAAGACCAGUCUCAGGGCUCACCAUACUCAAUGAGCGGACAGCGCAAUGUCAGAGCGCUCUGGGCAAACUGCAAAGGGGAAGGAAGGCAAAACCAAGUAUGCGUCUCUCAACCUGUUUGAUACAUACAAAGGAAAGAGCCUUGAAACACAAAAGCCUGUUGUUCCCCCCCGCCAUGGCCUACAGUCUCUUGGUAAAGUUGCCUCCGCACGGCGUAUGCCACCCCCUGCCAACCUGCCCAGUCUGAAGGCGGAAAACAAAGGCAACGAUCCCAACGUCUCGCUCGUUCCCAAAGACGGCACAGGAUGGGCAAGCAAGCAGGAACAAGCAGACCCAAAGAGUACCGAUGCAUUGUCAGCACCGCAGCCGGAAUCGCAGCAGCCUGUGGCUUCACCGACACCUGCACCGACCCGCCCGAGAACCCCGCCAGCUUCAGAGCAGACUCUGGCCCCAGCUUCAACCCAGGCCGUAGGGGCAAGGUCCUGGGCACAGGCCAGUGUUACACAUGGAACACAAGGGGAUGGUGGAAAGGGAUCAAACCAACCGUCGCCAUUCUCUCGCGAGGAAUUUCCCACCCUGCAGGCGGCUGGCGACCAGGACAAAGCUGGCAAAGAACAGGGCACUGCAGAUCAGUGGUAUGGGCCCGGACCAAGCCUCCGCCCCCAGAACGUCACAAGUUGGCGGGACGGUGGGGGCCGAGCCCUGGCGCCCACCCUGUCUGGGGAGGGGGCAGUGGAGGGUGGCACUGGCGGGGCUCUGGUGAUGGAUGGGGCAGCUGGGGUCCCCCCUCUGAAUUCUCAGUCCCAUGGGCCACCUAGGAACCCUCCCGCAGGCAGCCCCGCCUUGCCCCUGCCCCAGCCCCCCGUGGGGCCUGGGUUUCCUCAGUACCGAGGGAUCAUGCCUCCCUUCAUGUAUCCUCCCUACCUGCCAUUCCCAGGCCCAUAUGGCCCCCAGGGGCCCUACAGGUACCCAGCACCUGGGGAAGGACCCCCUCCAAGGUUCUCUCGCGGGCAGGGUGGUCCUGACAACAGGCCUCAGGGCGGCCCACGUGACACAGGUGGAGAGGUGGUGAAGCGACCCUCUAUCCUAAAGCAGGAUGACCUGAAGGAGCUGGACGAGUUGGACCAUGCUGAUGAUGAGGGCUGGGCAGGGGCUCAUGAGGAGAUUGAUUACUCCGCCAAGUUGAAGUUCAGUGAUGAUGAAGGAGAAGAAGAGGGGGAAGAGGAGAGAACCGAGAGCAACAGUGACUCACGUGAGCAGCAGAGGUCCCAGGAUGCUCCCACUGCAACCUCUCGCACUCGAGCCUCGGACAGCGGUGGAGACAACCGCCACACACCUCCAUCUAAUGCUGACAAUGGCCCCCAGCCCCCCUCCAGCAAGCCAGGAUGGGCCGAGGAGGGAGGCAGUAGCUGGGGGGGGCAGGGAGCACCAUCCAACUACCAGGGGCGCAGGCCUGGAUUGGGUGGUCCCCGAGAGCAGCCCUCUCCCCCACCUGGGCCGCUCCUCGGACAAGGGCCUUACUCCUUUUACCGACAGGAUCGGCCCCACAACCAGAGCUCCCCUGUAGGCCCCGGGAAACCUUGUCCCACCCAGCAUCAGCCAGCAGCAGGAGGUCCUACUCCUCCUCCCCAGCCAGGCCUGCUGGUCCAUGGCACCCAGGGGGAUGAUGAGGAUGAGACUUGGCGUCAGCGCAGGAAGCAGUCCUCCACUGAGAUCUCGGCUGCAGUUGAGCGAGCCCGACGCCGUCGCGAGGAGGAGGAACGUCGGAUGGAGGAGGAGAGACGCGCAGCCUGCGCAGAGAAGCUAAAGAGGCUGGAUGAGAAACAACAACAGCAGCAGGUCAGCAACAUAGGAGGUGGAGGCAGCAGCAGUAAAACUCCCAGCCUUGAUGGAAAUUCUACCGCUGCCACAGCAGGCAGCCCUAGUCCAUCUGUUGCAGCCUCCUCCCCCAACAUCAGCCAGCCCCCAUCCCCCUGUGUGGACCCUGAAGAGCCUCCAGUACUGACUGUGCAGCCAGGGACAAGUCCUGGAGUGAGUGACCGACAGCGAGCCAGCAGCAACAGCAGCUAUGAAUCCAGUGCAGAUGCCCAGCCAAGUCCUCAGCCAGCUGUGUCACAGCCACAGCAGCCCACGCUGGAAGUCCCUUUACCAGGAGAAGUCAAGGAAGAGACCAUGGGCACUCCUCACAUUCGUGCAGGAAGUGGAGGUGAAAGAGGAGCUGACCCUGUGAAGAUUGAAAAUAUUGGAGGGGUAGCAGGUCGUCAAACUGGAGGUCCUCCAGGCCAGGGUUACUCAAAGUACCAGAAGUCUCUUCCACCUCGAUUUCAGAGGCAGCAGCAGGAGCAGCUCUUGAAGCAGCAGCAGCAGUGGCAGCAGCAGCAACAACAACAGCAGCACAGCCAGGCAUCUCAAAGCCAGCUGUCGCCCCAGCCCCAGGCUCCACAGGGUCCUUCACCAGGUUCAGCACCCCAAUCAGGGCCUGGACCCAAGCAAGGUGGACCUCUGUACCAGCCCAGCAAUAUGGUUCGGCCCCCGCCCCUGCCAAUGAAUUUUGACCCUCGUUGGAUGAUGAUGCCUUACAUGGACCCUCGCAUGAUGCAGGGCCGCCCACCUCCAAUGGACUACUAUUCAACUGGCAUGCAUCCAUCAGGGCUUAUUGGGCGUGAGCGAUCUGAUUCAGGAGGAUCUGGUUCAGACCCCUUUGACAGGCAGCAACAGCAUGCAGGGCAUCCUCACCGUGGGACCCCCCCUAUGGAUCCUAAGCUGGCCUGGGGGCCGGAGGUCUUUCCGGGUGGAGGCGAAGGCCGUGGGUUGGCAUCCCCCCUCAGGCAGAAACAGGCUUUGGAGGAUGAUGAUGGUGCCAAAGGACCCAGGAGUGACACUCCUCCACACCGCAUGCGAGAGGGUGGAUUGGGACCCAUUCAGCAACCAAGCUCCAACUCUGGGACAUCCAAUCAGACUCCACCUCCAGUUGGCACUCAAGUUGGGGCCCAAGGAAGCAGCCACCACCCUCAUCACUACAUGAGUGGUCGGGGCAACUACAGUAAUUUCCCUGACCAGGGUGGCAGGAUGCUUUCCCACCAACAGCAGCAGAGGGCAGGCGAGAGGGGAAACCAGCCACAUGGCUUUGCCCACCAGGAUGAAGGGCAUCCCAGAGGAUCUCAGCAGGGCCAGAUAUGGGGAGCCCCACAUCCUCACUAUGAUCGCAAUGGUCGAGCCGAACUCCCAGUUGAGAGCAACUCUCAUCUCCACCACCAUCAUGGCCACCAUCCUCAGCAGACUCACUUCCCUCUCCACCCCCAUAAGCCAGAGAACAGCCGUGACAGGGUUGUUGAAGCCUCUGCUAAGAAGACAGAUUCUUCUGCAAUCCACCAACCUUCCCUCUCAUCUUCUUGCUCUUCCUCCUCCUCCUCCUCUGCAAGGGAGGACGGCAAUGUCAAAGUUGCCCAGCAUCAUCACCCAUCCCAGAGAGAAAGUGAGGCUGGUAUCGGGCACAGUCUUGUUGAAAGAGGCAACAGUGGCAGCGCCGGCAGUAGCAGCCAUGUGAAACAGGAGAAAACAGGGCCAGCAUAUGCUCCACAUUCAUCUGUGACAGCAAGCCCUCCUCCCUCUCAACAUGGCAGUCACACUCAGCCUCAGCAGCAGCAUCCCCAUCCAAAAUCAAACCAAAGAGGGGGACGGGAGCACAAGACAGAGACCCAGUGGGGCCCACGGCCUGGCAGCAGCAACACAGGUGGGGGGUCCUCACAUGGUCGGAGGAACAAUGCAGGAGGUGGGAACAACCCCCGUGGAGGGGAGGAUUCCUCCAACACUGCAUCGGACCACAAACCCUCCAACCAGACAGGAGGCAGCAAUGCCAAUAAGAGAGCUGGCCCCAUUAAGAAGCCAGUGCUGAAGGAGAUGAAGAGAGAUGGAGGGGAAGCUGAUGGAGAAAAAACAAGUGCAGGCUUUGGGAAAGAUAAAGAGCAAGAGGGUGGCCAACCCACCUCCAUGAAGCAGGAAGCAUCCUCCACCUCCCAGAACACAUCAGCUCCAAAUAAAGAUGAGUCAGCACAGUCAGCCAAACCAAGGAAUGGAGGAAAGGAACGAUCCUCAGGAGGAGGUGGAGGAGGGUCAGGGAGAGGGCCCAAAGAUGUAGACACCACUUCUUCAGGAUUUUCAGGGUCCUCCACAAGGCGGGACAGGGACCGCUCCUUUGAGAGAGGGGGCAGCGCCUCCCGCCAUCAUGGAGUCCCUGCCAAAGGUGGCAGAGCCAGUCGUGGACGAGGGGGAGAGUUCUUUGGGCGUGGCCGUGGUUUCCGUGGUACCUACACGGCCACAGCCACUGCCGGUCCCACUGGUGGCAGUCGGGGCAGAAUGGGUGGCAGGAGUGGCAGAGACUACCGCUCGUCUGUUGCAAGUGGCCACCACCAUGAGUCUAAAGGUGAAGGCGGCAGUGGCAGGCAUGGUCAGGAUCGCUCCCAACAUAACCCAGCCAGGGCCAGGAACCGUAGUGAAACCCGCAGUGAAGGUUCAGAGUAUGAGGAGAUCCCCAAGAGGAGGAGGGAGAGGGGUUCAGAGACUGGCAGUGAGAGUGGUGCAAGUGACCUUGGUCACUCCGACAAGGAUGACAACCAGAAACCCAACACCAAGAAUGGCUCUGAUCACGCCAACACCACUGGCACAGGUUCCAUAUCAUCUGCACCACCCAGAGGAUCCCAGGCCCGGGUCUUCACCCCCAGGGGUGUGCCCUCUAGGAGGGGCAGGGGUGGAGGAAGUGGAGGAGGAAACAUGUACAGAGGCAGUGGCAAUGUUGGAGGACCACCUGGAGGACAUCGAGUUGGACCCAGCUCUGCCUCUCACAGUGGUUCCGCCAAGUCAUCCGCCUCAGGCCGAAAACAACAAGGCCCGCCACAAACCUCUGGGCCCAAAGACUUGGGCAGGGGUGGAAAUGGAGGGGAGAAGAAAGACAAGAUGGCUGAUGCAAGUCAAGCCCAAAGUCAGGGGUCAAAUCCCCCUCAGCCGUCUUUGCCCGCUGCAGCUCCUGCCACACAUGGUUCCACUGAAAAUGGAGGGGUUGUGACCCAGCAAGCUUCAGCCAACCCUACAUCAAACUCUGGAGGGCCAAAUGCGGUCCCUCUUCCUUCUAACCGUGGGUUCCCUCCUAGUGGUUUUGAGCGACCACCUAGACGUCGCCGCCAUGGGCGUUCCCAGCAUCAGCAGGAUAAGCCGCCCCGCUUCCGGAGGCUGAAGGAGCGAGAGAAUGCUGCACGUAUCAACGGAGGAGUGGGGGUCAUCGGAGGAGGAAGGCCCUCCUCUCCGUCCCUGAAUUCAGUUCAGGACAGUAAUGGAGCCCCUAUCUCUGCUCCUGUGACUGGCAGUGCUCAAAAUGCUAACCACAACACCACAGUGACAACCAACAAUAACAGUGGUGGCGGGCAUCUUGGCAAUGCAAACAGCCACCACCAUCACCACUACAACCAGGGCAACGCUGGGCAGGCACACCCCCAGCACCACCACAGCCAUGGAGCAAAGUCCCCUGACUUCACCAACCAGAACUCAGACCAGGCCAACGAGGAGUGGGAGACCGCCUCUGAGAGCAGCGACUUCACAGAGUUCAGAGACAGGGAGGGAGGAGGAGGAGGAGGGAAGUCAUAUUCUUCUCACCAUCCCCACCACCUGGGAAGGGGAGGCGGGGGUGGCGGAGGUGGAGGUGUGGUUGAGCGGGAGAUGAUGGGAAAAGAGCCCUCAGCUAAUAAAAGAAGCUUCUCGAGCCAGCGUCCUGGCAUGGAGCGACAGAACCGCAGGGUGAACGCUGGAGGAGCCGGAGGUGGAGGGGGAGGAAGAGGCCCACGAGGCCCGCCUGGUGGAGGUGGAGGUGGGCCCGGUAGCGGAGGCGGCAACCGGGGGGAGAAGCGUGGCAACUGGCCCUCCCCGAAAAAUAGGAAGUGAUUUCCAAACAUUUCAGAUGAACCCCACCCUCAUUCAGACCACCUUCCCACAUCUUAAUCCCGUUUUGAUUUCAUGGCUUAUCUGUUGGCAGCCCUAAACAUAUUAGUGUAUUGUACAGUAAAUUGAAAUGGUAAUCACAGUCACUUAAGCCCCCCACCCACCACCAACACCACCACCACAGUCACCUCUUUCCCUUUGCAUCAAUCUAUCUACCGUCCGUUAUUGUAAAUUUCUCCGUCUGUUCCAUCUUGCUCUCCAUUCAGUUGUGCCCCUCCCCCCUCCUUUUUACCUCCCCUGGAGUAUCUCACCCCAGUUGGAUUUGACAAGCAUGUGGUUCUGCGAUGGAGGUGCACGUGGUUUUGACAGAAGACAUUCACACAGAGCUCCACACACUCACAUAUACAAGCACAAAUAUGACAUCUUUACAAACACAUGGAACACAUGCAGUCGUGUGAGUGCAAAAAUUAAAACGUGGGAUUAAAUUUGGCGAAAAUGUUCAAAUCGGGCUAAUUUUUAUAUUUAUGUACCUGUGUAUAUUUCUACCACACUUUGGCCUUGGGUGGUAUUCAGUAGUGCAGUUCUGCAUUACUUCCCUCACAAAGGGAACGAGUGCAGCUUCAUCUUUUAACGAGAACAAUGUAACAUAAGAUGUUUUGUUUCUUUGUCUUUUUUUUUUUUUUUUUGGUUUUGUGUCAGUUAAGUUUCAGCCUCUGGGAAAUGUGUGUUUUCCUCUACAAAGCAGGUCAUUAAAAUACCUUUUUACUAAAUUACCCACUUCCUCCUUCCGCUGACUUUUUGGUCUCCUGCGAAGUACGCGUCUGGUUACUGUGAUAAGACCCAUUGAAGUACUACUGCUCACCUACACUCACAUUGAUUUGUCUUUAAUAUCAAUGUUUCUGCUGCUUGUUCAGAUAGACGGUGUGAUUUUUAUUUUUCAUUUUUUCCCCCUCAAGUUGUUGACCUGCUUUGGCAUUUCAUUAGCUUUUGGUCGGUCCUUUAUCAUAGUAUCACCCCUUAUCUGCAGAAGUUCUGCACACAGAAUCAAAGUUAUCCCAAUAGUUUUAAGCUCUCAUUCAUGAGUUUUGUUUACCCUCUGAAGACUGUAUCAAUAGCUUGAUGGCUUUAUUUCAACAACCAAUAUUUCCUCAGUGACUUCCAUUUUUAUGGGAUAGAAAUGUAGGUCAUGACGGAAUAAAGAGAAAAAAAAUGUAUGCUUCAAAGGUAAUCGUUCUAGUAAGCACUCCUUGUAGUUAAACAAAAAUCCAUGGUUGCUGUUUUUCUUUUUUUGGGCAAGUUACAUGUGAUGCAACAGGACAGGUACUCUGUCUGGGCCCAGAGUACAGAGCUCAGCUGAGUAUUGUACUAUUACACCCCCCUCCUCCUCCUCACACCAAGAAGGACUACUACCAAGAGCUCCUUGUCCGAGGAAGUAUUUUUGAGUGUGUGUUCAAGGGAUGGCUGUUUUUCAGUAGACGGUGGCAACCAGUAGCUGGCUCUAAUCGAAUUCAGGACAAUGCUGAAAGGGUGUCACACCUUCUUACAGUUCACACGGUUUCCAAGAUUUCACUCGCAACGAAUAAUGCCGGCCUGGAGCGUUGAGGAAAUGUUGGAUUGAUGUAGGAUUUACACUUUGUAUCAUAAGAUAAAAGACAAAUGGCACACGGCUUGAGACGACAUCCAGUGUGAAUUAAAAUCGAUUUCUACAUCUGCAUCAAUUCUGUCACUGCUGUAAGUUGGGGUUUGUUUGUUUACUGACAGUCUGAAGAUCGUCUCUGGGAUGUUGUGAGUAGGGCAUUUUGAUGAUUUGUGUAUGUGUGUGUAUGUGCGUGUGUGUGUGGCAUGUGUGUGUGUUUUCUGGUGUCUGUGUAAUAACUGGGGAAGGGGUGGGGACCAGAGGGUUAACAUGAAUGGCAAGCACUUUCUGCCUUGUUUGCCCACACUUGAUUUAACCAAUAUUAUUAAGACAAUUCUACUGUUUUUUUCUUAAAUACAUCCACAUAUAUACAUUCAGCUGUGUGUAUAUGAAGAACAUGCAGUGGAGAACUUCACCAGUUUUAUUUUUGUGUGUGUAAUUUAAGCAUACAUUCUUCUGCAGGCAAGUGAAGUUGGACAUAUUUUAUUUUCUCACUGACUUCUAAGCAUGAACACACCCGUGGGUGCAGCUCGCCUUGCCUGUUACUGAUUUAUACAUUGAUAGCUGUACACUUAACACUGGCUCAAAGAGUCCUUCAUCCCUCCUUAACUCUUAAUGUUGAUGUGCGCAUUAUUUUAUGUACCCAUGUUAAAAAGAAAACAAAAAGUAGUGUAUUCCAGAUGAAAAAAAAAAUACUCAAAGAUUGUACUAUGUUUUCCAGCAUUACCAAGGUACCUGGAGUGGUUCAAACUGUUUUUAGCAUUUAUGGUUUUAUUAAUGGAACCGUAAUAUACACACAUGUAUGUAUAUUGGUAUGUAUCUAAGUUUUUGUCUACCCCAACUUACAUUCCCACAAACAAAUGUUGCCAUUUUUAGUUCAAGGGAGCAAUGUACAAGCAGAGAAGUGUCUUAUUAUAAUAAAGUUAUACAGAGAAGGCAAAGUUAAAUAAACUACUUUUGAUUUAAUGGAAAAUGUCA